UCCCACUUUCUAUUGUGCUGCAAGUUCGCCACCACACUUUAUCGGCUACUAAACACUCAUUUCCUAUCUGUCACAGAAAAAGAACCAUUUCUUAUAAUCCAUCUUUGACGUUGACUUCCUAUCCUACCUCCCAACCUUAACCCAAUGUCAAUGCCCUUUUCGCUUCAUCACUUCCAAGCCAAGACUAAUGUAGCUUAACCCAUUCUUAAAUAAAACUCACCGUUUCACACACUCUCUCUCUCUUUCCUUUUGUUUAAGAAGUUGAUGCUCGAUUUUUUGUUCUCCACUCUCUGAAUUCCUUCAGAGCACUUUUCCUAUUUAUUCCCCUCUCGGAUCCGUCUCCGAUCAAUGCGCUUCUGAUUUUCUCUCUCUUUCGAGAAUUCCGCGAAAUCGUUUCUCUGGAUUUUCUGCUGCGUCUUCGUCUUCUGACUGUAACUGACAACAGCUUGAAUUUGUGAAUUGUGGCUUGGAGUUAUAGCGAUGGCGUCGAAACGAAGCGCGAAGUCCAAGGGAUUACGAUUGAGCGGCUCCAGAGCUGGUAAUUCGCCGACGUCUUCAACGACGUCGUCUUCAAAACAGUUUCUAGAAACUUCCGUGGAUGGUCUGAGCUCGCCGGCGUCUUCUUCCGCUCGGAGCAAGACGCCGUAUUCGUUUUCCGAGAGCGUGCCUUCGGACGCGAAGGAGAAUGUGACCGUUACGGUGCGGUUUCGUCCUCUGAAUCCCAGGGAAAUUCGUCAGGGAGAGGAGAUAGCGUGGUAUGCUGAUGGAGAAACCGUGGUGCGGAACGAGUAUAACCCGUCCCUAGCGUAUGCUUACGAUCGUGUCUUUGGUCCCACAACUACAACUAGGCAGGUCUAUGAUGUUGCUGCUCAACAUAUUAUUAGUGGUGCUAUGGAGGGCAUCAAUGGUACAAUAUUUGCAUAUGGUGUAACAAGUAGUGGGAAGACUCAUACAAUGCAUGGUGAUCAAAGAUCUCCGGGAAUUAUACCUCUUGCUGUGAAGGAUGCUUUUAGCAUUAUCCAAGAGACUCCAAACAGAGAGUUUCUUCUUCGAGUUUCAUAUCUGGAGAUCUACAAUGAGGUGGUUAAUGAUUUAUUAAAUCCAGCUGGACAGAACUUAAGAAUCAGAGAGGAUGCUCAGGGAACCUUUGUUGAGGGAAUAAAGGAAGAGGUUGUACUCUCCCCUGCUCAUGCACUGUCCCUUAUAGCAGCCGGAGAAGAGCACAGACAUGUUGGGUCCACAAACUUCAACCUACUCAGCAGCAGGAGCCAUACAAUAUUUUCCCUGACUGUAGAGAGUAGUCCAUGUGGUGAAAAUAGUGAAGGAGAAGCAGUAGCACUGUCUCAAUUGAACCUCAUCGAUCUGGCAGGUUCUGAGAGCUCAAGGGCUGAAACAACUGGCAUGAGAAGGAGAGAAGGAUCUUACAUCAAUAAAAGUCUUCUAACUCUCGGAAGUGUUAUUUCAAAAUUGACUGAAGGCAGACCUAGUCAUAUACCUUACAGGGACUCCAAAUUGACUAGACUACUUCAGUCUUCUCUCAGUGGUCAUGGACGUAUAUCUCUCAUUUGCACGGUAACACCUUCAUCAAGUAAUGCUGAAGAGACACAUAAUACUUUGAAGUUUGCUCACCGGGCAAAGCACAUUGAAAUACAAGCAGCUCAAAACACGAUAAUUGAUGAAAAGUCACUUAUCAAGAAAUACCAGCAUGAAAUUCAACGCUUAAAGGAUGAAUUGGAACAAAUGAAGCGGGGUGUUGUCUCUAUUCAGCCGAAAGAAACUGGUGAAGUUGACUUUGUGCUCCUAAAACAAAAGCUAGAAGAUGGUCAAGUCAAGUUGCAAUCAAGAUUGGAGGAAGAAGAAGAUGCUAAAGCUGCUUUAUUAGGAAGAAUUCAACGCUUGACUAAGUUAAUUUUGGUCUCCACUAAAUCAUCUCACUCAACUAGAUUUUCUAACCGUCCUGGUCAUCGUAGAAGACAUUCUUUUGGGGAAGAAGAGUUGGCAUACCUUCCAUACAAAAGAAGGGAUUUAAUCUCAGAUGACGAGAACACUGAUCUGCAUGUUAAUUUAGAGGGGAAUGUGGAAACAGCUGAUGAUUCUUAUAAGGAGGAGAAAAGGACAAAGAAACAUGGGUUACUAAAUUGGUUGAAGAUGCGGAAACGAGAUACUGGGUUAAGUGCCUUUUCAGGCACCAGUGAUAAAUCAUGUGGAACAAAAUCUGUUAGCACACCUUCUACUCCUCUUGCAGAAAGUAGUAAUCGUGCGGAGUCCAGACAUUCCCAUUCUCUACCUGCACAAAGCUCUCCAUCGGUAGAUUUUGUAUCAGCAACAAGAGAGGACAAAGAAAUUCAUGAGGAUAGAGUAUUGGGACAAGAGACACCUUUGAUAAGCGUUAAAUCAAUUGAUGAGAUUGAUCUGUUGAGGGAGCAACAAAAGAUUCUGUCAGAAGAAGUAGCUCUUCAUUCAAGCACUUUGAAGAGAUUGUCUCAGGAAGCUGCAAGAAACCCUCAAAUGGAUCAGAUUCAUGUGGAGAUGGAAAGGUUAAAAGAUGAAAUUAAGGCUAAGAAGGAACAAAUAAAUUUUCUGCAAAAGCAAAUUGCUGAUUCUAUCAUUGCCUCAGAUAAGUUGGAUGAAUCAGGGGUAUCGCUAAAUCUCACCGAGCUAAUGACACAAUUAAAUGAAAAAUCCUUUGAACUGGAGGUCAAAACAGCAGAUAACCAUAUAAUCCAAGAACAGCUUAAUCAGAAGAUCCGUGAAUGUGAAAGCCUUCAAGAAACAGUUGGCUCUCUGAAACAGCAGCUUGCAGAUGCACUGGAGUUGAGAAACUUAAGGCCUAUAUCCAAUCAUUCUCAACAUUUCUCUGUAACCAAAGGCUACCUUGAACCUUACCUUGAAAAGGAAACUGCCACGAUAACCAGUUCUAAUGAAAAAAUUCUUUUGCAACAGCAGGCAAGCGAGAUAGAAGAGCUGAAGCAGAAGUUGGCGGAACUAACAGAAUUAAAAGAACAGCUAGAAGCUGGGAAUCAGAAACUGGCAGAAGAGAGUUCAUAUGCUAAAGAACUAGCUUCUGCUGCUGCCGUUGAGCUUAAGGCGUUGUCAGAAGAAGUUGCGAAACUAAUGAACCAGAAUGAGAGAUUAUUGGGUGAGCAGGCUGUAUUGAAGAACUCUGCUGCCCAACGUAGAAAUAGUGGAAGUGGAACAGUCCGAAGUGUAAAAAGAGAAAGUCAUGUUAGAAGAAAUGAUCAGGGUGGUGGAUUAAACUCUGUUAUAAAGAGAGAACUGGAGUUAAGUAAAGAAAGGGAACUUUCAUACGAAGCUGCUCUUUUAGAGAGGGAUCAUAAAGAAGCCGAGCUUCAAAGGACGAUUGAAGAAUCAAAGCAAAGAGAAGCAUACCUGGAAAAUGAACUUGCCAACAUGUGGGUUCUUGUAGCUAAGCUAAAAAAGUCACAGGGAGCUGAAACUGAUGUUUGAGAGGGAUUAGAGAGUGAGAGAGAGUGAGUGAGGUGCGCAAUGAUUGGAAUCAGGAAAGUCUCCAACCCAGUUUGUGUAUACGAAUGAUGAUUGCUUCCCUCCUAGCUAUCUUAAUGAUUUUCCACCAUUCUUAAAACAAAAGCAAUUGUUUUA